ACAGGAGGAGCCAGCAAAGAAGACACACCUCUCUCACUGCCUGCCUGCUUGCUCAACUCUAAAAAGGAGUCAUGGUGAAGCGUGUUGCUGUGGUGCUCUCAGGCUGCGGAGUCUAUGAUGGAACUGAGGUCCAUGAGGCUUCUGCUGUUCUGGUGCACUUGAGCCGGGCUGGGGCCAAGGUCCAGAUGUUCGCUCCCAAUGUGGACCAGAUGCAUGUAGUGAACCACGCCAUAGGGAAGCCCACAGAGGAGAAGCGCAAUGUUCUGCAGGAGAGUGCCCGCAUCGCCCGUGGAGAUGUCACUGACCUCAGUAAACUGGAUGUCUCGGGCCAUGAUGCUCUGAUCAUCCCUGGGGGUUUUGGAGUUGCUAAGAACCUGAGCACUUGGGCCACACAGGGGAAAGACUGCUCAGUCCAGCCUGAAGUGGAGAAGGCGAUAAAGAGUUUCCACAAGGCUGGAAAACCCAUUGGCCUGUGUUGCAUCUCACCUGUACUCGCCGCUAAGACGCUGCCCGGCUGUGAGGUCACCGUGGGCCACGACAGUGAGUGUGAAAAAUGGCCCUAUGCUCAGACUGCCUGCACUAUGAAGGAGAUGGGCUGCAAACAUGUCAACAAGAAUGUCGGGGAAGUGCAUGUUGAUGUAAAAAAUAAGCUGGUGACCACCAGCGCCUUCAUGUGCAAUGCCCCGAUUCAUGAAAUAUUUGAUGGGGUUGGUGUCAUGGUAACAGAUGUGCUCAAAUUGGCUUAAUGAUGGCGAGGUUGGAGGAAUGGGAAAACCAUUUCAAUAUUUCCUCUUUUGUUCUAAUCAAAUGGGUAUGUAACUUACAUGAUCCUACAGAUCUGGUGUGUUUGAUUUUUUGUUGUACGACCUUGAUAUGCACAGUUUUGUACGUCACUUUGGAUAAAAGUUUCAGCUAAAUUAAUUGUAAUGUUAUGUGAAAAAGCAACAAGGCUAAAAAGGGCCGAUAUAUUCACAUGUUUGGUAAUCUAAUCUCUCUUUUUUACAAGUGACUGUUUUGUGCUUCUCUAAAUAAAAUUUGUUUGUGGAAAAAA